AUGGCAACAACUAAAGAAAGAAACCGUACUACAGUUACCUGGUUCAUCCUCGUGGGAUUCUCUGAAUUUCCAAAGCUCACAGUCUUCCUCUUUUCAAUAUUCCUAGGGAUCUACCUCAUGACAGUGUUCUGGAACCUGGGUCUUAUUGUCCUGAUCAAGAUGGACUCCCACCUGCACACACCCAUGUAUUACUUCCUCAGUAAACUUGCAUUUAUAGAUAUAUGCUAUGUUUCCUCCACAGCCCCCAAGAUGCUCUUUGAUUUCUUUCAGGAAUUUAAAUCCAUCACUUUUUGGGGGUGCACCAUGCAGUACUUCUUCUUCUCUAGUUUUGCUCUGACUGAGUGUUGUCUUCUGGCCGCCAUGGCUUAUGAUCGAUAUGCUGCCAUAUGCAAUCCUCUACUUUACACAGCCAUCAUGUCCCCAGCUCUCUGUCUGCACAUGAUGGUAGGAUCCUGCAUUACUGGAUUCUUUGGCUCAUUAACACAACUGUGUGGUUUACUUCAACUCCAUUUCUGUGGGCCAAAUGUCAUUAACCACUUUUUCUGUGACCUGCCGCAACUGAUGAUGCUAUCUUGCUCUGACACCUUCUUCUUACAAGUUAUAACAUCUGUACUCACAGUGAUCUAUGGAUUGGCCUCUGCACUUGUUGUCAUGAUAUCCUAUGGUUAUAUCGUUACCACCAUUUUGAAGAUCAGUUCAGCUGAAGGCAGGUCCAAGGCUUUCAACACCUGUGCUUCUCACCUGACGGCAGUGACCCUUUUCUUUGGUUCAGGCACCUUUGUGUAUUUAUGCCCCAGCUCUGAUGAUUCUCUUAGCCAAAAUAAGCUGGCUUCUGUUGUAUACACAGUGGUGAUUCCCAUGUUAAAUCCAUUGAUCUACAGUCUGAGAAACACAGAAAUCAAAGAUGCCCUGAACAGAUGGAAGAAAGCAAUUUUCUCUUGA